GACGGAUCACAUUUUCAAGACUCAGGAGAACCUGGGAGAAUUCCUCAACAAUGUAACUAACUGCUCUGCAGCCCUCUCCUGAAGAUCUCCCCCGGGCCUCUGCAAUCACCUCCCUGCAUCUACCAACCAUGGAACCUCCCGCAAUCACACCAUCGUCCCCGCUGAUGGUUCCAUUGUUGCGGUGACAUGAAGAUCUGGUGCGACCCCGGUAGUCCCGUUUUUCACGCCCUCCCAUGAAUGGUUGGUUAAUUUCUUUCUGCCUUCCACAUCCUUCCGUCUCCACCGGUCUUCAUCUCGCGACUACUUAUAUCCUUCACGGCCCGCGUUCUGCCUUUCUCUGUUUCUCCUGGUUCAUUGUUGCCUCUCCCCUCAAACUCAAUCUUCCCGCUGUCUCUCCGCUCGUCAUCAUUUCGACAUUGCGGCUCAUCUUCCCACUUGAUUGACUCCUCUUGCUGUUCGGACAAGUGUCCACCAUCACCAUGGCGGCGAAGAAGCCUAACAUUCUCUACAUCAUGGCCGACCAGAUGGCGGCGCCCCUGUUGGCCUUUCACGACAAGGAUUCCCCUAUCAAGACUCCUAACUUGAACAAACUGGCCGAGGAGGGUGUUGUGUUUGACUCGGCCUACUGCAACGCGCCACUUUGCGCCCCGUCACGUUACGUGAUGGUGACUGGACAGUUGCCUUCUAAGAUUGGUGCCUACGAUAACGCGUCCGAUCUGCCAGCGGACACCCCCACUUACGCACAUUAUCUGCGGCGUGAAGGCUAUCACACGGCUCUUGCUGGCAAGAUGCAUUUCUGUGGUCCUGACCAGCUGCACGGUUAUGAGCAGCGUUUGACCAGCGACAUCUACCCUGGUGAUUACGGCUGGUCGGUGAAUUGGGAUGAACCAGAAAUCCGUCCCGACUGGUACCACAACAUGUCGUCAGUGAUGGAGGCUGGACCAGUGGUGCGCACCAACCAGCUUGACUUUGACGAGGAGGUCAUCUACAAGUCAACUCAGUAUCUCUACGACCAUGUGCGCCACCGCAACGACCAGCCUUUCUGUCUGACCGUCUCUAUGACUCACCCCCACGACCCCUACGCCAUGACCAAGGAGUUCUGGGACCUCUACGAGGACGUCGACAUUCCCCUCCCCAAGCACGGAGCCAUUCCUCACGACCAGCAGGAUCCCCACUCGCAGCGCGUGCUCAAGUGCAUCGACCUCUGGGGUAAGGAGAUGCCUGAGGAGCGCAUCAAGGCUGCACGCCGCGCCUACUACGCUGCCUGCACCUACGUCGACACCAACGUGGGCAAGCUCCUGCGCGUGCUCGAGAACUGUGGCGUGCGCGACGACACCAUCAUCGUCUUCACGGGCGACCACGGCGACAUGCUGGGCGAGCGCGGCCUCUGGUACAAGAUGGUGUGGUAUGAGAACUCGGCGCGUGUGCCAUUCAUCGUGCACGCGCCCAAGCGGUUCGCCCCUAAGCGGGUGUCGGAGAACGUGUCGACCAUGGAUCUGCUGCCGACGUUUGCGGGAAUGGUCGGGGCCCCUUUGAUCCCUGAGCUGCCUCUAGACGGCGUGUCCCUGAUGCCGUACCUGACGGGUGAAGAGGGCAUCAAGACGGACACCGUGCUGGGCGAAUACAUGGCCGAGGGCACGCAGUCGCCGACAGUGAUGAUCCGCCGCGGCCGCUACAAGUUCGUGUACUCGCUGAUCGACCCGCCCAUGCUGUACGAUCUGGAAACCGACCCUGCGGAGCGGGUCAACCUGGUGGCAGGACUGACAGAGACACCUCAGCUGGCCUCGGUCAAACCCGUGACCGCGACACAGCUGAACCCAGCGCCGCUGCCGACGCCCAACGACUCACCCCGGGUGUCCCCGAUGCAGCGCACCUCGUCGUUCCCGUUCCCGUCUCCUCCACGUACCCCCAGCCCAGCCAAAAUGGCCUCUACCCUACCCGCGACAAGCGACCCAGCGCAGCUCCUGGCGUUCUUUACCGAGGAGGUCCACGCACGCUGGAACCUAGUGCAGAUCCGAGAAGACGUGCUGCGAUCCCAGCGACGUCGUCGACUGGUCUACUCGUCACUGAUCAAGGGCACGCCAUCGAUCUGGGACUACGAGCCACGAGUGGACCCGAGCGCGCAGUACGUCCGCAACCAGGGCAAGGGAGCGUUGGACGACGUCGAGCUGAUCUCCCGUUGGCCUCGCGUGCUGCAGGAGGUUGCCAACGCCAAGGGCAUGCAAGUCUAACUCAACCAACCAACCAACCAACGACCACACGUGUGAGAUUGAAAGUGAGAUUACGAAAUUGCUAUGAAUUACUUGACUUGGCGAUAAAAUGUUAAUCAUCUAGCGAGGCGCAUGGUGCAUUUACUGCUGCUGUUGUUAUUGCCUAGCGCUGCCAUUUUGUAUCAUAAGACAGACAGACAGAUACAGAGUACUUUAUUUCUUCUUUGAAUUAAAAGAAAGAAUGAAUAUUAAUAAUAAAG